AUGAUCAAAACAUUUACCCAAGCAUCAAGAUUACAUCAAACAUCCUUGGUUUCCGCAGCCCCACCAGCUGGUAAAGGUACAAGAGUAAAUGUAUGGAAAGCCGAUCCUUUCGUUAAAUCAAUCGGUAUCAGAGCGCUUUACUUUCCAGGAUCCGAUAUCACUACCGGUCCAACCGAUUCAUUGUUAACCACCAGUUCAACUUCUGGACCAAUUGCUCCAGAUGCAAAUGGUGAUAUCCUAUUGGAUUUUAUUGAAGACAAAUCUCAAAAUCCGCCACCAUCACCUCAACAAGUCAAAUUUGAUGUUGUGCACACUUUCUCUGUUGUCAAAUAUACGUACAGUUUACUCAAAGGUGAUAUCGAGUAUCUUGAUGGCAAACCACCAAUUCUUCCUAGACCAUGGGGAAACAAAAAAUUAGUAAUACACCCACAUGCUGGAAUCGAUGCUAACGCAUAUUAUAGUAGAGAGGAGGGAGUGUUGAAAUUCUUCUAUGAACGAAGACCAGGACAAACUCCAAUAUAUCUUUGUCGAUCACUUGAUGUUGUGGCUCAUGAGACAGGUCACGCCUUCCUUGAUAUAAUACAACCGGGUUGGUUGGCUGAUGGUCAGACCGGAGCUCUUCACGAAGCGUUCGGUGAUUUGUGUUCAAUGUUUGUCAUUAUUUCAAUGCCAGAUUUGGUAGAUAAUUUGAUCACUCUUACAAAAUCAAAUCUCAGAGACACUAAUAAUUUCUUAUCAGCUGUUGGUGAAGAAUUUGGCGAGUAUUUGUACAAGAAUAAGGGCAAAGGUUUAAGAAACUUAAUAAAUGAUAUAAGAGGUUCGACAGCUGAAAAAAAAUCAGACAUUCCCAAGUUUACUCAAAUACAUAGUGAAACAUCAGAAACUUUAAAACAUUCCCUUUCCUCGUUUAACGCCACAGUAACAGAACUUGAAAACCUUCAAUCCACAAGAUUGGAAUUGGGUGAUUGGCUGGCAUCCCAAUUCGAAAUAUUUGAUAAUGGACAUUUUGCAAAACAAUUGGUCGAAAAGUCUCCACAAAAAGCACUUGUACCUUACACUCAACUUAUGCAACUUGCACAUAAGAUUAAAUAUAAAAAUGAACAAGUGGGUUACUCAAUAAAAAAUUUAGAUGCUUUUUUGCAACAAAAUGUUGAUGCUUUAUGGGAUGAUAUGAAGAGUAGAUUAUCAAAAAAAUUUCAACAAACACUUGAUUCACUUAACUGGCCUACUCCAAUAUAUUUAUCUGAUAAUUCAAUCACCUCUGAUAAUUUAUCAGCAUUUAUCAAUGCUUUUAUGGAUUUACUUAUAUUACAACAACCAAUUGAGUCGAUGACUGAUCCAAAGUAUUUAGAGCCAGGCUCUUCUUCUUCUAAAGAAAACAGCAACAGUACCAAUAAUAAAUAUGAAAUCUGGGAAAUUUAG